GCCUUUAGGUGAAUGGGGAGCCACGGCAGGGUUCUGAAGCAGGAGAGAGAGUGUGUAGCUCUGGACCACUCACGCUGGCUGCUGCAGGGUGGGGAUGGCAUUGAGGGGGCCAGCAUCCCAGCCUGAGGUGGAGGUGGCCUGGACUGGGCAGGGACAGUGGGGUUGGAGAGAAGGAGCAGAUCUGAGAGAGAUUUAGGAAGCAGAAUCAACGGGACAUGGACAUGGUGAGGGACUGAGACAGGAGUGGGGGCGGGAGAGCCCGGCAGCCACUGGGAAGGAAGAUCAAUCAGGCAGGACAGAAGUGUGGGUAGAUGCUUUCCAUAAACCGUUGAGAAAUCCACAACCUGGCCCAAAUGUGGACUUUACGAGAAGCCCAAGAUGGGUCAAUGGGUCCAUAGGCCUCUCCCAUUGAAGAGAGAUCAGUAAUGCCGUCAUUAAGGGUACAAGACAGGCCUCAAUUCUAGGUGAGGGUUGGUCCACGUUCUCACUUGAUUUACAACCAGUGAAGUCAACAGAGCUGUGAAACCAUCUCCCCCAUUUCCAGAUGGGGAAACCAAGUCCCAGAGACACCCAGACAUGGCCAAGGCCACACAGUGCAGAGACCCUGGGGAGCACAAGCCUCUAAGAGGGGGAUUUUACAAGUCUGUCUGAAACCAGAGGAGAGGACAGGGUUGAGGGGGGGCUCCCCUCUGAGUGGUUCCCCGCCAAAGAGAAUUUCUCCACUUUGGAGGAAGUGGGAGAUAGUUCUUCUUUUGAGAUGUGAAUGUCAAGUGACUCUGGGCACCCCGGUGACUAAGAGGUAAGUAAGUGAGGCUUGUGGGUGGAGCCAGCACCUUAAAUAGCAGGUCUUCCUAUGUCCCUUUGCAGACACCUGGGCUGAGACAUACAGGACAGAGCAUGGCUCGCCUACAGACCACACUCCUGGUUGUCCUUGUCCUCCUUGCUGUGGCGCUUCAAGCAACUGAGGCAGGCCCCUACGGCGCCAACAUGGAAGACAGCGUCUGCUGCCGUGAUUACGUCCGUUACCGUCUGCCCCUGCGCGUGGUGAAACACUUCUACUGGACCUCAGACUCCUGCCCGAGACCUGGCGUGGUGUUGCUAACCUUCAGGGAUAAGGAGAUCUGUGCCGAUCCCAGAGUGCCCUGGGUGAAGAUGAUUCUCAAUAAGCUGAGCCAAUGAAGAGCCUACUCUGAUGACCGUGGCCUUGGCUCCUCCAGGAAGGCUCAGGAGCCCUACCUCCCUGCCAUUAUAGCUGCUCCCCGCUGGAAGCCUGUGCCAACUCUCUGCAUUCCCUGAUCUCCAUCCCUGUGGCUGUCACCCUUGGUCACCUCCGUGCUGUCACUGCCAUCUCCCCCCUGACCCCUCUAACCCAUCCUCUGCCUCCCUCCCUGCAGUCAGAGGGUCCUGUUCCCAUCAGCGAUUCCCCUGCUUAAACCCUUCCAUGACUCCCCACUGCCCUAAGCUGAGGUUAGUCUCCCAAGCCUGGCAUGUGGCCCUCUGGAUCUGGGUUCCAUCUCUGUCUCCAGCCUGCCCACUUCCCUUCAUGCAUGUUGGGUUCUAGCUCCCUGUUCUCCAAACCCAUACUACACAUCCCACUUCUGGGUCUUUGCCUGGGAUGUUGCUGACACCCAGAAAGUCCCACCACCUGCACAUGUGUAGCCCCACCAGCCCUCCAAGGCAUUGCUCGCCCAAGCAGCUGGUAAUUCCAUUUCAUGUAUUAGAUGUCCCCUGGCCCUCUGUCCCCUCUUAAUAAUCCUAGUCACAGUCUCCGCAGAUUCUUGGGAUUUGGGGGUUUUCUCCCCCACCUCUCCACUAGUUGGACCAAGAUUUCUAGCUAAGUUACUCUAGUCUCCAAGCCUCUAGCAUAGAGCACUGCAGACAGGCCCUGGCUCAGAAUCAGAGCCCAGAAAGUGGCUGCAGACAAAAUCAAUAAAACUAAUGUCCCUCCCCUCUCCCUGCCAAAAGGCAGUUACAUAUCAAUACAGAGACUCAAAGUCACUAGAAAUGGGCCAGCUGGGUCAAUGUGAAGCCCCAAAUUUGCCCAGAUUCACCUUUCUUCCCCCACUCCCCCUUUUUUUUUUUUUUUGAGAUGGAGUUUCGCUCUUGUCACCCACGCUGGAGUGCAAUGGUGUGGUCUUGGCUCAUUGAAGCCUCUGCCUCCUGGGUUCAAGUGAUUCUCUUGCCUCAGCCUCCCGAGUAGCUGGGAUUACAGGUUCCCGCUACCACUCCCAGCUAAUUUUUGUAUUUUUAGUAGAGACGAGGCUUCACCAUGUUGGCCAGGCUGGUCUCGAACUCCUGUCCUCAGGUAAUCCGCCCACCUCAGCCUCCCAAAGUGCUGGGAUUACAGGCGUGAGCCACAGCGCCUGGCCUCUUCCCUCUCCCCACCACCCCCCCAGCUUUUUUUUUUUUUUAUGGCAGGGUCUCACUCUGUCGCCCAGGCUGGAGUGCAGUGGCGUGAUCUCGGCUCACUACAACCUCGACCUCCUGGGUUCAAGCGAUUCUCCCACCCCAGCCUCCCAAGUAGCUGGGAUUACAGGUGUGUGCCACUACGGCUGGCUAAUUUUUGUAUUUUUAGUAGAGACAGGUUUCACCACAUUGGCCAGGCUGGUCUUGAACUCCUGACCUCAAGUGAUCCACCUUCCUUGUGCUCCCAAAGUGCUGAGAUUACAGGCAUGAGCUAUCACACCCAGCCUCCCCCUUUUUUUCCUAAUAGGAGACUCCUGUACCUUUCUUCUCCGUUUUACCUAUGUGUCGUGUCUGCUUACAUUUCCUUCUCCCCUCAGGCUUUUUCUGGGUGGUCCUCCAACCUCCAAUACCCAGGCCUGGCCUCUUCAGAGUACCCCCCAUUCCACUUUCCCUGCCUCCUUCCUUAAAUAGCUGACAAUCAAAUUCAUGCUAUGGUGUGAAUGACUACCCUUGACUUGGUAUUAUAAGCUGGAGUUAUAUAUGUAUUUGAAAACAGAGUAAAUACUUAAGAGGCCAAAUGGAUGAAUGGAAGAAUUUUAGGAACUGUGAGAGGGGGACAAGGUGGAGCUUUCCUGGCCCUGGGAGGAAGCUGGCUGUGGUAGCGUAGCUCUCUCUCUCUCUGUCUGUGGCAGGAGGCAAAGAGUAGGGUGUAAUUGAGUGAAGGAAUCCUGGGUAGAGACCAUUCUCAGGUGGUCGGGCCAGGCUAAAGACUGGGAUUUGGGUCUAUCUAUGCCUUUCUGGCUGAUUUUUGUAGAGACGGGGUUUUGCCAUGUUACCCAGGCUGGUCUCAAACUCCUGGGCUCAAGCAAUCCUCCUGGCUCGGCCUCCCAAAGUGCUGGGAUUACAGGCGUGAGUCACUGCGCCUGGCUUCCUCUUCCUCUUGAGAAAUAUUCUUUUCAUACAGCAGGUAUGGGACAGCAGUGUCCCAGGUAAAGGACAUAAAUGUUACAAGUGUCUAGUCCUUUCUGAGGGAGGCUGGUGCCGCUCUGCAGGGUAUUUGAACAUGUGGAAUUGGAGGAGGCCAUUUCACUCCCUGAACCCAGCCUGACAAAUCACAGUGAGAAUGUUCACCUUAUAGGCUUGCUGUGGGGCUCAGGUUGAAAGUGUGGGGAGUGACACUGCCUAGGCAUCCAGCUCAGUGUCAUCCAGGGCCUGUGUCCCUCCCGAACCCAGGGUCAACCUGCCUGCCACAGGCACUAGAAGGACGAAUCUGCCUACUGCCCAUGAACGGGGCCCUCAAGCGUCCUGGGAUCUCCUUCUCCCUCCUGUCCUGUCCUUGCCCCUCAGGACUGCUGGAAAAUAAAUCCUUUAAAACAG